CAAAAUCCUGAGAGGACAGGGGGUGUGCAAAACACAUCUCAGGAAAAUCGCACUGUAGAUGUGAUUGGCAAACACAUUAUUCUAUCCGAGCGUCCCGGGAUUAUCGUGACGUCACGCCGGUACCCUGCAUGGAUGAAUGCUAAAGAACUAUAGAGGCACAAAAUAAUGCCACAAGCAGAAGUCCAUAUCUUGCAAGUGUUACGUUAUCCUUUAAGCUUUCUUCUGCACUAGCAACAAUAUUUAUUUAUUUUAUUUAUUUUUUUGCACUUGAUUAGGAUUUACUCUGUGCUCCCUUAGGGGGAUUAUACAAACAUAUAAAACUAAGGGGCAGGAGUAAACAGACGCAGUUCUUAAGUACAGCUAUCUAUUAUUGAGAGAAAGGCCGAGUGUGGAAAUGCGCGCAAGACGGUGGAUUUAAACCAGAUUUGGCUUCAAUCGAUCAGCGGAGAAGAAUAUUGCUGAUGGUAACCAAAGACGCAGCUAUGUCUUUCUCUCAAUUUGGAUAUCCUUACAAUGCAACUUCUCAGUUUUUCGUGUCGUCAAAGCCCAGUACGACUUGCUGCGAUUCGAUUUCCAGGUCGGUCCCGGACGGCUCGAGCGCUCCCCAGGCCGCCGCAGCCGCCGCCUCCUUCUGCUGUCCGCCCGCCUGUGAGAAGCGGCUGGUAUCCGGAGCGCGCGCGGAGCUGAGUGCGGCGCUCGGGAUGUACGGCUCCCCGUACGCGCCGGCACACGCUUACGCCAAUUACUUCCAGUACGGAGCGGAUUCCUCUGCCAUCUACUCCACACUGAAUCCUCAGUACGAUAUUAAGGAAAGCACAGGAAGCCUUCAUAGUGGGAUCAGCCAGCCCAAUGCUUACUACCCAUAUGACCACUCACUGGGCCAGUAUCAGUAUGACAGGUAUGGGACCGUCGACUUUAACAACUCAGCCAGGAGGAAGAAUGCCACACGCGAGACGACAAGCACUCUCAAGACAUGGCUUUACGAGCACCGCAAGAACCCGUAUCCAACCAAGGGUGAGAAGAUCAUGCUGGCCAUCAUUACCAAGAUGACCCUCACCCAAGUGUCCACCUGGUUCGCCAAUGCCCGAAGAAGAUUAAAGAAGGAGAAUAAGAUGACAUGGUCACCCAAGAAUAAGGCUGUAGAUGACAAGAAGGAUAUCUUGGAUAAGACGGACCAGGAAUCUGUCACCAAAGAUUCUAAAGAAUGCAAGGAGGAUCGGGACCUCCGUCUUAGUGACCUUGACAACAUAGAAGAUGAGGAUGAGGACUGUGAGAAACCCAGCCAAGAUAUGGCCUCACUUCCUCUGCCCUCUCUCCCCAUCUCCAGUCCUCCGAAGAGAGACUGCAGCUCUGACCUUCCUUCCCCGUCCAGCUUCCCUGCAUUCCCCUGCAAAGUGAAAGGUGUUAUGGCACUCGUUCCUGACUUGGACACUUCAGGCUCCAAACAGCAAACACAACAGCUUCCAGCUUUACAUCCUGCCUCCAUUGGUCCGAUUUCCCUGCCUAAUUUCCAAGUACUCGAUCAGAAGCCAAGGAUUUGGUCCUUGGCCAGAACCGCUGCUACUGGAAUGACACAGCACAGACAGGACUUACAAACUGAAUGCCAGCUACAAGCUGCUCGGGUGCCAGUGGUGGGGAGAGGUGGGCACUGUGCGGGUUCCAAGGGUCUCCAGGACCCCACAAACUUGGGGAACUCUGAGAGCUUGUUUGAAGAAGGAGCACCAGGGUUGAAUAAGGUGUACAGUGCAGCAAACUACAGAGGCCUACAACUCCACUGUUCCUCAUACCAGGCUGUGACAGACUCCUAUCAGUACUCCACUAUGGAAGGAUUCUGCAGUGGAGGGAAGUCAGAGACAGAGUCCUCUGAGCUCAGUGACGCGUGUCUAACGCUGCAGGAUGCCAAGACAACCGCUUUCAGACCUGUGAUGAAGAGGUGAGGCAGGUGAGCCCUUUCAGGAUGCACACACGCUUGCACACAAUUUUCUCUUACUAUCCUUGUGAGGACCUUCCUUUCACUGAUAUAAUUAUUAACACAUCUAAUAAAUGCCAU